AUUAUUCAUCAUAAACUUACAACCUCUUUGAGAUAAUUUUUGAUCACGUUCAACAAUUAUUUAUGUUUUUACUUCACAGUUGACUUCGUAUUUAAGGAACCUUUAACUCUUUAAACAACCGUUUUUUUGGUGACAAACAAAAAAUUAACCCACCUUUGCUCAUCUUCAUCAGGCUCACUGAUUUUCAGGCUCAUUUUUACCUUUAGCCGUUUAAGUGUUCACUUCAACCUCACUGAUAUCCACAAUGUUCAUCAUGUUUAAACUAUUCAGUGUUUCCCUUUAAAAAAUACCAUUUAGCCUGGACUUAACUUGACUAUUAUCAAAACCUUAUUCUGGUCAUCUGUUUAACCUAUUUUCAAUAUCAUUUGUGAACAUAUAAACUGUCCAUUCUAAUGAGUUCAAUUUCAGAGAAUCGGUUUAAUCCAAAAGCAACUGUAGUUAAAAUAAGUGAUGGAAAAAUAAUCGACCAAAGUAAAUUUGGCAAAAAAUUAUACAAUUAUACAGCUAACCAGGUUGAAGGGACUUCAAGUUGUGUUAUAUCCUCACUUCCAGGAACAUCGGGUUAUUUCAAUUCAUCCAUAUUAGACAAUAAAGAUGCUUCAUCUUCAAUAUCAUCGGGUCGAUCUUCAACUCGACCCGGUUCCAAUACCAAUAACAAGAUGACCGGAGCAACGACAAUACAAGUCACACCGAAUCACACCUUUAAAUAUCCAAUCUCAAGCACAAAUGUUACUCGCCGGUCAUCACCUCAAGAAACCUUUAAUGAAAUUAGCAAGACAACUCAAUUACCUGGAAUUGAUGUUCGCGAUGAUUUCUGGAAUCGAUGUAGAGUUUAUAAGAAAAGGCCAAAGAACAUUUUCUUCUCUCAACUAUAUUCUAUCUUUCAUCUUGCUUGUACCAUAACCCUUCUUCGUAUUUCAGGCACAUCCAUACCAAACCGACACUGGUUCACUUUAACCGUAUAUUACUAUCAUGGCUACCUGUUAGGAACCUCAAUUUUGUUCAUCAUUUUAAUUCGUUGUUGGACAACUAAAGACUAUUAUGGACCUGGUGAGGGUCAUCCCGAAAACACAUCAAUACUGUUUGGUUCCAUAGCUCUUGGUUUGGUACAGUUGAUUGCUAUUGGACUUAAUUUGGCUCAAUGUCUUAACGACCAAUUCAUUUUCAUACCAAUUCUUCAAUUUCUGUUUGUUUUUUUAUUAAUGCAUUUCAUAUUUACUCGAGCUCAACGUGGACCUAAAUACAGUCUCAAGAAUAUUGCUGUUGCUCAUCUUUUUGCUUGUCAAAUGUCACUUUGGUUAGUUAAUUUUGAUCCUAACUAUGGUACAUGUAGCCAUCGUCAAGCUCGAUUAUCACCUCGAUCAGAUACAUCGUCACCAUCAUUAAUAUCCUCCAGGCCUAACAUAUUUCCAGCAUCAUUUUCCGAUCUACUUUUACCCAUUAUUCACAAUUAUCAACUAUUAACGGCAUUCAUUUUAGGUUACAUGUGGAUUCAAAAUAAUCGGUGUCAUUACAACAGCCUUAAACCGAGACUUUCAGAUCUCGAUGAUAACGCUUCAUUCAGUUUUGCCAAGAAACCAAGUUCAAUUAAAGGCUUCUUUAUGGGUAUUUUAAUUAUUUCAACUGCUUUAAUUGUCUUGUUGCUUGGUAAUCCAGAGAUUACUCUCAUCACUCAUACAUCUAUUCAGGGUUUAUCAGCAGCUGCUGCUUUGAUUGGACUCGUAUUGAGAGGUCGUAAACGGAAGGGACUCCACAAAAUUGCCGAUCCUUGUUUGGAUCCAAAUGAUAACCACAUCAUGUCAAUUAUUACUGUUGCUGGUGCUUAUACUUUAGCAAUAUAUGAUAUUGUUACAAGUGGAUUGGAAAACACAUUGACAUCUUACAAGAUGAUGAACCAUGGAGCUUUAAUAAUUCAAAUUACUCUUCAAACUUUUUUACUUCGCUCUGAUGGUCGCAAGAUUCAUCGAUCUAGAGACGUUUUCGCCUAUUUGAUUUUAUCCAAUUUUAGUUUAUGGAUCCUGGAAAUAACAAAUAUGGCAACUAAUUUGACAAAUCAAAAUUCAAUAUCAGCUCGACAUCUUCCUCAACUACUUGUAACUCUUAAUAGAUUUUAUUCUGGACUCGUGUUUAUACACUUUUGGAAACUCAAGUAAUUCAAAGAAACCGUCCAACUCUAUUUAUAAAAUAUAUUUUAAGGCUGAAUUCAAAGUCAGCGUUAUUUUAAAACCUCUUCAUUUGUAAUUACUAGUUAACUAUUAAAACUAAAUUUUA